AAGCACCCAUGGGGGAUGAAUGAAGAGGGACCACCCACUGUUUUCUCUAGCCGCCCAGUGAAUGGCCCUCUCCUGGUUCCUCAAAGUCAUGUUGGGAGAACUGGAAAGUCCAGUUACCCAGCUUCCCCCUCCCAUUUCCCCUCAAAUGCCUGCACUAAGGAUUGGCUGUAGAAAGGUAGGCUGGGUAAGGAGAGACCAGGGGGUGCUUCAGACAUCUCUUCUGUCCAUCAAGAAGUGAGGUGGCCACAAUGGGGACCGGACUGACCCUCUUCCUCCUCCUGACCUUCCUUGGCAGCUCACAUGGAACAGGGCCAGGAAUGACUCUGCAACUGAAGCUGAAGUAUUCCUAUCUUGCGAAUUCACCCUAUGAUUCCAGCUCCCUGGAAUUGCUCAAGAAGCUCUGCCUCCUGCUCCACCUCCCAUCACGGACCAAUGUCACCCUCAGUCAGGCUGGAUCCGCACAGCACAUUAUUUGCAAAGUCUGAGAGCAAUCAGAGCCUGUGCCCCUCUUGGAUGGGGUGUUUGCCCCCCCUUCCCCACCUGGUGCAGGGGGAAUACCCUGGCCCUAUCUUCCAGCAGGCCCUCACCUGCUGAGUGGCAGGAAAUAAGCUGAAUUAAAUGACUUUGUGGAUUCGUGAGCCAGCUGUAAAAAAAGUAUUGGACACCCAAGACUCUGUCUGAUUCUCCUUUGAAAAGCAGAGGGGUUCUGGGAUGGACUCGCUCUCCCUCAAUGCCAGUUUCAAAGGCCUAGAGAGAAUCUAGGGAAUUAACUGGAGACACACACACACACACACCCCAAAUGCACAUACACAGGGACAUGAACACACACUUCAUUUUGAGAUCUUCAAAAUACCUGGGAAUAAGGGAAAGACCCACGUAUUGAGCUCAUACUUUGCUCCAGGUGUGAUGCUUCCCCAGGUCAAUGAUUGCAGCAAUAUUAAAUAUAGCAUAAUAGGUAUUAUUAUCUGAUUUUCUAGAUCAGGAAGUUGAGGCUUAGAGAGGAUAGGCCACUCAUCUGACAUCCAUUUGCAGUGCAGAGGUCAGACACCAGACAAAUGCCUUGGCUUAAGCCAGAUUUUUGUGUCCUCUCCCAUUGCUUAAGCCUUGGGGUCAGGGGCUCAGAAUCCAGACAGACAUGGGGACAGACACCCACAGGACAUGGGCCCUCUGAACCAGGGAUCCAUACAGGCUAAUCAGGGUAGAAGGAGGGGUGAGAGGCAGCUCAGGUGAGACAUGAAGGGUUUAGCUGAUGAGAGGGUGGCCAGCUGAUAUAGGUGGGGGGAAUGGGUGCUAGCAGAGGUUGUGCUGGCUAAACAUAAGGACGUGUAGCCACAGAGGCCCGUACUUGAAUCCUAGCUGAGUUUCUCAUCUGUGUGGAGCCUGCACUUCUUCACCUGCAAAAUGGGUAUAAUGACAAUACCUGCUUCAUAGGAUUGUCAUGAGGAUUACACAGAUAAGCUACCUAGAGCACAUGCCGCUGUGCCUGUCAGAUAAAGGGACAUAAGUGGUAAGGAUUGUUGUUAGAAUAGAAAACCAGUUCCAAUGUGUAAGUCCCAUCAAGGUCCAGUGUUCUCCUCCUGAUUUUUUUGAGGCAGGCACUCAUUUGACGCCCCCACUCAAGAUUAUCUUGAGUCCUUACCAGCUGUCUCAAAUUGCAAGCAUGAUGCCAAGACUUGACCAUUUGGGGUAUUCAUAUGAUUGCUUCCUGCUCU